AUGCGUAUCGCUACUGUGCUCGCAGUGGUAUCCGCCUACGGUGCGUUCGUCGAGGCUCUUAACCAAGUCCGUCACGGUCAUUCGAGGUUACACAACCUCAGCCCACCAGAUAGCGAAAAUCUGUCGGCGGUGGCACCGUUGUCUUUCCUCUCCGCGUACGCCUACAACCCCGACCCAUAUGCCACUUGUUCUUGGGGUACCAAUUUGGUGUGUGAGAUGGACUCUCCGCAGAACGACCUGAAGCUCGGCUCUACUUGCGAUGUGGGUGUCCCCGUCCCCAAGGAUAAUUACGUCGGUGACGAGCGAGUGAACGAGUAUGACAACGGACUUACCGCAACUGCUUAUCCGUACAUCGAGAUCACGUCGACGGGACCGAACCCAGGGUUGACCCCGUCGACCGAAGCUUCGACAGGACAGCUUGCGUGGGAUGGGUAUAUGGAGAACCCGGCGAAAUCGCAGAACAACAUCAAGUUUUCUUCUGUUGGCGUCUACGACGUGGCCAUCUCCGCGAACGACUACGACCGCUUAGCUACCUGCGAGGGGUGUGUCGCAAUUCGAGACACAUAUCGACCUCGUUUCAAGGACGGCACGUGCCCUUCUGCUCCUAGCAGUUCGCUCACACUGACAUCGACCUCUGUUGCCGAUGUCAGCAAGUACGAAUCGGACUAUGAGAACUUCGUUUCGACCAGCAACCAGCUGAACAAUCCUGAAAGUGACGCUUCUUGUAACAUUGAGUCGUCGAAGCUUCAGAACUUCUACGACGUCGAACCUGCCCCCUUUUCGGGCAUGUGCUUUUCCUCCGGCGAGGUAAAGAACAACUUGGACAGGUUGAAGGUGAAUCCAUUCAACACCGUCGAUAUCAAAAGACCAGUUCUGGAACUCGAAAAGGAUCUCAAUGGUAAUUGUGUGUGGUGCUGCUUUAAGUCGAUUGCACUGAAGGAGAAAUACACUGAGUAUACGUGCCCUUCAACCGCCGUUCAGCCUGCAACGGAGUGUGUGGGCCUUCCAAGCAGCACGUGUAGCAUGGAUGCAUGCAUCAAGGCCACUGGACACGACAUCGCGGAAGCGACCGUCAAACUUUCCGACGCCGUCCAGGAGGAUUCAAAAAAAGUAAUUCAAGAGUUGGGAAAGCCUGACAACACCGACGUUGCCAACAUGAUCCACUACAGUCUCCCGUGCACGUCCUACGAUCAAACUGGUAACGACCCGCAGUGUCAUUACAUAGUCAAGCUAUCCGAUGUGCUCGACAUCGGACCUCAAUUAGGAGUCGGCCCGAAGUUUGUGACUGAUCUCGCACUCAACUCGGAGAUGCCAUCCGACUACGUGUUCUGGCGAGUCAAAGUCGGAAGUAAAGAUUGGGCAACCUGGGACCCCAAGAAUGACGCUGAGUAUUCGUUCAAGGCGUCGAGUACGACGGUUAAUGUGGAAGCGUGGACAGCUUGUGGUCAGAUUUCCUCGAUCGAGAUCGUCGUCAAGCUGUACCUGCACCGUACGUUGACGUGCGAUAAGUUUGUGGAAAUGUGGACUCCUCUGGUAACCAAAGUAUAUGGUGAGGAUACUUACUGCAAUGUGCCGGGCAGUGACUUCAGUCUCUUCAAUCUGAACUAUGACUACGACGUGGUUAUUCCGUCUGUAGUAGGUGAGGAGUAUGAGCGCUUGAAGGGAACGUACAAGAACGUCAAAUGCGAGAUUCGAGUGCGCGAAAGUACUGCGGCUGAAGGCUCAGUGAGUGCAGCGACACUUGUUGCGGAAACGAACCAGGAGGAGAUCGACAAGAAUUUUGUUGUUGAGUUGGUUCACGAUCCAUAUACUGCCCCCAAGACUACGUUCCACGUGCAGUGCACGUUUACGCGCGAGGCGUACGGCAGCAACGGCAACUACUAUGGCAAUGACAAUGAGAAUGUGAACGGGAACGACAACACUAACACUGGCAAUGAGAUCAAUAACGGUAAUACCAACACGAACGCUGGAAACGAGAACGCAAACGGAAAUGUGGUCGAGAACAGUAACGACAACACCAAUGCUGGUAAUGAAAAUACGAGCGGCAACAACAACGACAUCAACAAUGGCAACACCAAUACGGGCAACACGAACGGCAACGAAAACACCAACGCUGGAAAUGACAACAAUGCUGGUAACGCGAACGUCAACGCAGGGAAUAACGGGAAUGUCAACAACAAUACCAACGGCAACACCAACGUUGAGAAGGACAACAACAACGCUGGUAAUGGCAAUGGAAACGACAACACUAACGCUAACGCUGGGAAUGACAACGCUAACACGGGCGGCGAGAAUACCAAGUGGACCGACAAUGGCGAUUUUAAUGAGAAUACCAACACCGGCAAUGGUAACACCAACGCUGGGAAUGAAAACACCAACGCAGCCAACGGCAAUAGUGCGACCAACACCAACACGUCGCCAACCAAUAACGGUAAUGACGCCAACACCAACUCGAACACGAAUAACGCCCAUGAGGCGCAUUCGAACACCGCCACCAACGGCAACGGGAACGGCAAUGGCAACUCGAAUACCGCGACCAACUCCAACACAGUGACAACAACCAGCAACAAUGGCAAUGGUAAUGGUAACUCGAACACCGCCGCGACAAGCACUUCGAACACCGCAGCCAACUCUAACACGGCCGUGACUGGCAACGGGAACGGCAAUGGCAACUCGAAUACCGCGACCAAUUCCAACACGGCUACAACUGGCAAUGGAAAUGCGAACUCCGCCACGACCAGCGGGAACGGGAAUGGCAAGAAAAUGGCUCUGCUGUCAUUUUAUGCUUCUGUGGCUGGUCCACGAGAGCAGCACACGAUCACGUGCUUCCACAGUUUUACAGUUACGGAUUGCGACAAGCCAAAGCUGGAGACUGGGGUAGUAGAAGAGGACGUUUGCGCCUACGACUGUGCAGACAACGAUAAGCCUGGUGUGAACGAAGCCUGCGGUGGAACUAUUGUUUCGUCCAACAAAGAGCAAACGUUUGUGAAGACAACAACUCAAGACACUUGCUGCGACGCCUGUGAUCCUGAUCUCAACUGCGUUGCCUUCGGAUCAACCGAUGUAAAGCGCUGUGAAGUCCCAUCCGCGUAUCCUAACCGUGCGGGUCUGGCUGCCGUGGAACAGACGCUGACUGCGAGCCAGACAACGGCAACGAUGGCGCUACUCGGGGCUAGUGCCAUGGUUGCGGUUGUGGCUCUUGUUGUCGUGAAGCGCCGAUCGUCUCGCUCUCAGGAAAGUGAGGAUGGAUACCACCCUCUACUCGAUUAAGAAAUAAUCUUGUUAGGCGACGGGAGCAGGAUUAUGGUGGUGAAGAACGAUUACAAUCUUCAUCGUCGCCUGGUGCUGCAUGUAUUGAUCCUGUAAUACCGAAUGCUGUGUUUGUUUCGAACUAGCGAUACCAAACUAAUACACGUUCAGUAAGAUUUCGUAACAAGUCC